CCUUUACGCUGUAGUGCCAAUCAAGUCGGUGCUAGUUACUUGCUCCUGCGACUACCACUCCACACUAUCUUCCUCUUUCUCUUGUUGGAUCAUAUACCUCGCUUACGCAGCUUCCUGUUCAGCUUGAAGGCAUCGUUUUCUUGCCAGUUAUUCUCACCCAUGUCAGUGCCACAUCCUCCACAAACCCUCAUGCACCCCCAUUCCCAAAGAGAAGAUUCCUAUUCCGCCGUCUUUCGAGCUCAAGAAAGUCAUUCUAUUUUAAACCCUACUCUUCCUAUUCGGACCUCAAAUUCGGAUGCAGCCGAAAUUCUGACACUCCUUCAUCUUUCAUUCAAUCAAGAUUCGGGUUGCUUCGCCGCCAGCACCAAUUGUGGUUUCCGUGUAUUCAAUUGUGACCCGUUUCGCGAGAUCUUCCGGCGGGAUUUUGGCCCUGCUGGUGGAAUCGGAUUGGUUGAGAUGUUAUUUCGGUGCAAUAUCCAUGCCUUCGUCGGCGGUGGGGUUGACCCUGCAUACGCAAUCAACAAAGUUAUGAUUUGGGACGACCAUCAGUCCCGCUGCAUUGGCGAGCUAUCAUUUCGCUCUGAGGUAAAGGGGGUUCGUCUUAGAAGGGACCGAAUCGUGGCGGUUCUGAUGCAUAAGAUAUUAGUGUACAAUUUUGAUGACCUCAGAGUGUUGCAUCAAAUUGAGACAAUCGCGAAUCCAAAGGGACUUUGUGAAAUCUCCCAUGUCUCAGGGGCAAUGGUUCUGGUUUGUCCUGGAUUACAGAAGGGUCAGGUAAGAGUCGAACUUUACGCUUCAAGGCGGACCAAGUUUAUAAUGGCGCACGACUCCCGAAUUGCUUGUUUCGCACUUACGCAAGACGGACGCUUGCUUGCCACCGCAAGCACUAAGGGCACUCUGGUUAGAAUUUUCAAUACUAUGGAUGGUUCAUUGCUCCAAGAGGUACGAAGAGGGGCUGAUCGAGCAGAGAUAUACAGCCUUGCUUUCUCUGCCACCGCACAGUGGCUAGCCGUAUCAAGUGACAAGGGAACUGUUCAUGUCUUCGGUCUAAAGGUUGAUUCAGGACUGUUGGGGCAUCGUGUAUCACAAAGUACAUCUGAACCUAAUCCCGCUAGCCCCUCCUCAGUUUCAUCUCUUUCCUUUAUUAGAGGUGUACUGCCAAAGUAUUUUAACUCAGAGUGGUCAGUGGCGCAGUUUCAUUUGAAUGAAGGUUUGCAAUAUAAUGUUGCCUUUGGUCACCAAAAGAACACGAUUGUGAUACUUGGCAUGGAUGGAAGCUUCCAUCGAUGCCAGUUCGACCCCAUAGCCGGUGGAGAGAUGACCCAACUUGAAUAUUAUAAUUUUCUGAAGCCAGAAGAAGAAAUUUUCUAGAUUUGAACGUAUUCAACUAUUUACUGUGGCUGGCGUUUCCUGUAAAUAGAUUUUAUCUUUUCCCGUGCAGCGGUUGUUGUUAAAAUGAGUGCUGUCUCCCCGGCGCCCUGCUGUUGAUUCUUAUUUCAUAUUUUGGGCAUUUUCUGGGCCUUAUGGGUUUUCAGCCGAUGAUUUUCAUGGGCUGGACAUUCUUUUUUUUUUUUUUCUUUUUGGAACUAGCACCAACUCCCCCUACAUUGCAUGGGAAGUAUUCGCUAACACAACUUAAUAUAAAAGAUUAUGUUUAUUAUUGUCAUAAA